AUAUCAUAAUAUGAUGUAUUAUAUUGAAUUUCUAAUAUUAACUUUUUCACUGGUGGCAGCAAAAAAUAAUGUCUGCCCUAGCCAUUUAGACUAUUUUACCAUAACUUUUAAUUCAAAGUGUUGGUAUGAUCCAGAUGUAGAUGCCACAAUACCAGAAAUUAUAAAUAAUUAUGGUUUCAAAUCGGAAUCGUACAAUGUCACUACAUUGGAUGGCUACAUCAUUGAAAUAUUCAGAAUACCAUCAAAACUAAAUGAAAUUUCUAACAAAACCAAAACUCCUUUAAUAUUAUUUCACGGUAUGGCGAGAGAUGCUAGAUCUUGGUUAAUACUGGGAGAAGAUUCACCAGCCAUAUAUUAUGCCAAAAAAGGCUAUGACGUUUGGUUGGCUAAUAGAAGAGGAACCGAGUAUUCAAGUCAUAUUAAAUAUAGCAGGAACGAUAAAGAAUUCUGGAACUUCAGUUUUCAUGAAAUGGGUACCAUAGAUGUACCAACGGUCGUUGAAAAAGUUGCUGAGGUAUCAAAACAACCUGGUAAUAUUAUCUUUGUUGGUCACUCUAUGGGAACAACAUCAAAUUUUGUUUAUUGCUCAACAAACAGCACUCACUGUGGAAAAAAUUUAAAGGGCAUAAUUUCUCUAGCACCCGUUGCUAAAUUAAGUAGGAACAGGAUACCAUUUUCACAUUUUCUUGCGAUUUUCACUGAAGAAAUAAAGUCUUAUUUAAAUUCUUUGGGCAUCUACAGAUUGGAAAUAGAUUCAAUGUUCAGAAAGUGUCUAAAGGUACCUUUAACGUUUAUUUGUUCAGUGGCUAUUAAAUUCUUUACAGGAUCUUAUAUUUUUCCUACAAAAAUGCCAUUACUUUUUACACAAGGCAAUACCCCAGUCUCUGUUAAAGUGUUGGCGCACUACGGGCAAAUUAUUAAUAGUAAUGGUCACUUUAGACACUACGACUAUGGCAAAAAGGAGAAUUUAAAAAAAUACAAUACGUUGCAACCACCAAAGUAUAAUCUAGAAAAUAUUCCUGUACACGUCACUUUACUAUACACACUAAAUGAUUUGGUAGCCCAUAAACAUGAUGUUGAUGAUCUCUAUUCCAACUUAAAUCCAAACAAAAGGGAUAUUGUUGAAAUACCAAGAAAAAAUUUAGGUCAUCUUGAUUUUAUAACCCCUUCAAAUGUAGAGCAGGAUUUAUAUUCAGAAAUAAACAAUGCUUUGAAAAAAAUUAAAAAUAUAUAAAUAUGAGAUAAACUUGUUUUACUAGCUAUUUAUAAGUUUUGUUUUAUUUAUAAUUGUAA